CUGAGUUGUAAUCAGACGACGAAUCACGGGAUCCCGCGCGCAGCCCGGCCCGUGCGGUCCGGCGGUGGCUGGGAUUGGGUGGGGGGUGUGGUGGUUGAGGAUUGAGUCACGGGAUUGGUAGAGUUCAGCACCGAACUUGUUGGCUCAGAAGCUGGAGCUGCUCUCCAUCCGUCUGAACGCGGAGCUGUCCGGGAAGCGGCGGUGCUGAAGCUGCUGCCUUCCUCCCGUCAGAUUAUAAUCUCAGAUUAUCCACAGGUUUGAUUUUGAAGUCGAGACGUUUGGUUUAAACGUUACUUAGCGGAAACCUCCUCCCAUCAGUCCAUCUAUCCUUCAUCCAUCCACCCAUCACCACCGCUCUCGGUCCAACAGGAGCGCGCCCGAUCUUCGAACUUCAGCCGAUCAAACCGAGGACCCUCUCCGGAUCGAAGCCAUGGCUUUCAUGGUGAAACACGUGGUGGGGGGGCAGCUGAAGAACCUGACGGGCGGACUGAAGGAGGAGAAACCCGAGGGGGAGAAAUCAGAAGCCUCCGCUCAGGGGAUGACUCAAGAGGAAUUUGAGCAAUAUCAACAACAGUUAGAGGAGGAAAAACAAGAACGAGAAGCUCAUUUUGCCCAGAAGAAAGCGGAGCGGGCCACAAUCAGAACCCACUUCCGGGAAAAGUACAGACUACCAAAGAAUGAGGUGGACGAGACGCAGAUCCAGCAGGCGGGCGAUGACGUCGUGUUGCCCACAGAGCUGGCCAAGAUGAUCGCCGAGGAUAACCAGGAGGAAACACACAAGCAGUCGGUGCUGGGCCAGCUGUCCAACAUCCAGAACGUGGACAUCGACCAGCUGAAAGACAAAGCUCAAGCCACGCUGGAAGACCUGAAAAAGCAGACAGAAAACUGCAGCCUCAUGUGAUCGGCCGGGAGGCUCAGCAGAUCAGGGAGUUACUCGUGCAAAUAUUUAUCAGAGGCAGAGCUUCUCCGGGUGUAGACAUUUUCUCAUUGCUUUAGUGGAAUGUGAGUUGGCAGAGAUGCUUAAUUACAUUUUAUUUUGGCAAAGUUAAACUGAAGCUUAUAAUAUUUUGAGCUUGUCUUACUCACUUACUUAAACAGAAAAGAAAGAAAUUCAACGUUCUCAUGGUCCUGACUCCUGAAUGUCCAUUUACAAAAACAACUAAUUCGUGCUCUGAAAAAAACUGAGACUUAAUCAAUGAGAUCAUUUCUGCAACGAGCUACUCCUCCUCUGAUAAAGUUUGUGAGUGUGCACCCAUUACGCCCCCUCCAUCCCCACUCACCUCGGCUCUGUACUUCCUGUGACCAGUG